UUCUGUGGUAAGACGUUUCUGAAUAAUUCAAAGGUUUAGUUCAUUGAGUUACAUUUUCUAAAACUAUUAACAUAAAUUAACAAUGUCCGGAUUUACUGACGCAAAAGAUAGUGAUGAUGAAUUUCACGACGCACUCGCUGAGGUGCCUGGUGUUAAAGAAACAAAUAUAUGCUCAGAAAUCGUUGCGAAUGAAGUCAGCAAUGCAAAGAGUAAUUCGUCACACCUCAAAACUAAUGAAGAAAUCAUUGAAGAAAUAACACGCCAGCAGGAGGAUCUCAAACUUCCUGAUGAUGAUGAGGAAAAUGACGAUGGAGAAAAGAAAUCAGAAAAAAUUGAUAGUGACGAGGUAUCAAAAAUGUUUUGCGAUGAUAUUGAUAUUGAAGAGUUGCAAAAUCGAGAAAAGACCAUGAGCUCUGAAGAAUUGCAGCAAAACAAAGAAGAAUCAGAUCGAAUGAAAUUAGAAGCAAACGAGCUGUUCAAGACAGGUGAGGCACUAAAAGCAGUUGAAAUAUACACAAAUGCUCUGCAGAUUUGUCCCACAACCUAUACCAAAGAGCGUGCCAUAUUGUAUGGCAACCGGGCUGCUGCUAAAAUUAAUUUGGACUCGAAAAAAUCAGCUUUAGACGACUGCACAAAAGCUAUUGAGUUAUGGCCGGAUUAUGUACGCGCACUUAUGAGGCGUGCAAAGUUGUGUGAAAACGAAGAUCGCUUGGAAGACGCAUUAGCGGAUUAUAAACGUGUAUGUGAGUUAGAACCAAGUCAAAGAGAAGCGCGGGAAGCUGUCUCACGACUACCGGAACAAAUUAAUGAACGUAAUGAGCGUUUGAAAACCGAGAUGCUCUCCAAAUUAAAAGAUCUUGGUAAUAUGUUCCUUAAACCAUUCGGUUUAUCUACGGAGAAUUUCCAGAUGCAGCAAGAUCCCAGCACAGGCUCUUAUUCCGUGAAUUUUCAACAAAACCCUAGAUAGUUCAUGUUUAUGCUCUUGGUACUAAACUAGCUUCAAUUAUAUUUAAAAAAUAUAUAUUUUGUAAGCCGUUAACAUAAGAAUAUUACUGUUUAAAUUAAACGUAAAUAAAUUGUAAUUAAAAUUUUAAA